UGAUAUGAGCAAAGCCCUGGAAGACCUGCGCACCUCAGGGAGCCCCGGAGAGAAAGGGGGUGCCGAGGGCGACUCGGGUACCUACUCCGGCCCUGCCUUCUUCCCCCUGAGCCCGGGCCUGCCUCUCCCGAAUGCCCCGGUCAACAGGACGGCCCUCCCCAUGGCCAAUAGGAAAAGUAAAGAAGGGGAAGAGACGGUGGCAUCCCAGAUUCCAAAUCCUUUCCCAGAGCUUAUCCCAGCUGAGUCCUCUCUCAUCUCCGAAUGCUUAUUACCUUGGACCAAAAGCAGUGUUACUCAGAAGUGCAAAGAGUGCAAAGAGCUUAGUCAAGCGGCGGUUGCUGGGAAGUUUGUGUCAGAAAGCAAUGAGAUAUCAGGUGAUAAAAGUGUACAGCGAGGAUAACACGAACCGGGCGAUAGAGGUGCCGUGUGACAUCACUGCUCGGGACAUUUGCCAGCUCUUUAUUUUAAAGAACCAGUGCAUCGACGACCACAGCUGGACUCUCUUCGAGCAGCUCUCUCAGCUGGGCAUAGAGAGAACCAUAGAAGACCAUGAAUCAGUCAUGGAGGUGCAGUCAGCCUGGGAUGUCGAUGCUGACAACAGACUAUAUUUCAGAAAGAAUUAUGCCAAAUAUGAAUUCUUCAAGAAACCCCUGGACUUUUUCCCAGACCACAUGGUGUCUACAUCAAAUGAAACUAACGGGAUAAUGAACCACUCUCAGCUAAUACAGAUGUUUCUAAGCUCAAGCACCUGUCCAGAAAUUCACGGGUACCUUCAUGCCAAGGAAUCCGGGAAGAAAUGUUGGAAGAAGUUCUACUUUGUUUUACGGAGGUCUGGACUCUACUACUCCAACAAGGGGGUGUCCAAGGAACCCAGACAUCUCCAGUUCAUUGCCGAGUUCAGCGACAGCGAUGUCUACACAUUGCUGUCUGCCAGAAAGACACAAGGCGCCCCGACAGACUAUGCGUUCUGUAUUAAGCCUAACAAAUCCAGCUCCCCACGAGACCUGAAGCUGCUCUGUGCAGAUGAGGAGCACAUCAGGACCUGCUGGGUGACCGCCAUUCGCCUUUUCAAGUACGGGAUGCAGCUGUACCAAAACUUCAUCCAGCCACAUCAGAAGCAGAGAGCCUCACCCAUGAGAAGCAUAUCAGAGAACUCGCUGGUGGCCAUGGACUUCUCAGGACACAAGAGCCGGGUAAUUGAAAACCCCUCGGAAGCUCUGUCUGUGGCUGUGGAGGAGGGACUCUCGUGGAGGAGGAAGAGCUGCCAUCGACUGAGCUGUCACGGAAGCCCUUCCGCUUCGCAGAGCCCCGUGUCAAACUUAGCUGUUCACAGAGCACAGCCCUGGUUCCACAGCAAGCUCUCCAGAGAUGAGGCUCACCGUCUGAUUGCAGAGCAAGGUCUCAUUGAUGGGGUGUUUCUGUUAAGGGACAGCCAAAGCAACCCCAAGACAUUCGUCCUCUCACUCUGUCAUGCACAGAGAAUCAAACACUUUCAGAUCGUACCUGUGGAGGACGAGGGCGAUCUCUUCUUCAGCCUGGAUGACGGUCACACGCGUUUCAGUGAUCUCAUCCAGCUGGUGGAGUUCUACCAGGUAAACCGGGGAAUUCUGCCCUGCAGACUUAAGCACCCGUGCACCAGGAUCGCCCUGUGAGCCCGGCAUUGACAGCGGCACCCCAGUCAUAGGGGCCCCGGGGAGAAUUACCAGCUUGUUCCGUGCCUUGGACAGGACGUGCACUUGAGCAAACGCAGCCCAGACCAUCCAUGCUCCCACCGGUCCUACCGACCUCAAAGUCUUUGAUGUGUUAAAUUGUGUGGGGUGCGUGUACUGUACUGUAGGCUAACACACCCUAAGCUCUCGUAACACUUGAAUCCCUGACUGUUAAAAAAGUAAAUGUAUAACCGUAUUAUGAUAUAUAAUAUGGUGAAGCAGAGGGUGAGACAAAGGAUAUGGUCGGAGGAGAUACAGUCUGUGUACGGUCCCGUUCCUUUUAAACUCCAGUUGACGUACUGUAUAUAAUGUAGAUCACAAUUUGUUUGCAUAAUAUAUGAGCACACAUGUCUGUAUGGUCUGUAGGGUUGAUAAAAAAAUUAAAUAAACACUAGCUGAGAUACAGUGGUUCAGCUAAAUGCUACAUGCCACGAUGUUAUAAUCAAAUUUAAGUGAAUGACAGGCCCCAGAAUCUACAGUUCAUCUUUUAGCCUACAAUUUAGCCUAAUCAUUGCGUGGAUGCUUUGUCUGGAGGAGAUAUUGAAAGAUGUGGGGGAAAGACGACCCUGAAGGGAGCGCUAGUUCCCCGUCCCUUCUGCAUCGCUGAGCUUGUACGCUCGCCGCUCAAGUCCAAGAUCUCUCGGGUAAACCAAGCUUUGCUCGUGGCUUUAUUUACAUCUCAAAGGUAUUCAGGUAUUUUUUUUAAAAGCGGCUGUUCUCUUUGAGAUGUGUGUGUGUACGUGACAACCAGAAGACGAGUGCAAUUUUUCCGGGAACGUUGCAACAACUGAACUGCGCCUACAAUAGCGGUGGCAUAAAUGCAGCGCAGACUUUAAACCAUGCACUCUUCAUUCACACUUGCCCUUACUGUAAUGAAUUUAUGUCAAAUGUAUUGAUAGAACCUGAAACAAUACUCACCCGACCUUCACCCUGGUCGAAUUAGAGCAAGCGACUCAGAACUGAAGGGGUCGAGAUGCAAAAUGGGCAGUUAAUGUGAAAUGUUAUACAUUAAAACAAUGCGUAGACUGUUCCUGAAUCAAAGAAAAUCAUGUGCAAAGAUACAUUUGGAUAAAUAAUGAUUUGUAAGAUGCGAUACUAUUACUAUAGCUAUUACAAUGAAGCAAAUAAUGUAUCUGCUUCAGCUUGUAAAUAACUUUGGAUGACAAGACGUCAAAAAAGUCCAGCUUUUGAUGUUAAGCCAAUUAAAAAAAGACUGUUGCAUUUCAAAAUUACAGAAUGUAAUACGAUGCACUUUUUAUUAGAAAGGCAGGGUGGUGAGUUUUUUUCAUGAACUGAGAGCAGCGGGUUGAAAACAGAAAUGAAUGUUAUUGGACUGCAAUGUUUUGUAUUAAUCAAUGUGAAUUUGCACUGUAUGUGAUAUGUUUUUGUAAUUUUUAUGGAUUUAAAAUUGAACUAUUAGGCUAACAUAGGUUUAUAGAAAUGUUUUACAUCCGUGGAAAUGGAUUACUUUAAAAUGGUUUUUAGUUGACAAUUUUGAUUUCACUGUAGUUGGAACACUGGAAACCACUAUUUCUAAUAAUGAUGAUCAAUAUUAACUGUUAAGGACUGUUAAAACUGAGUAAAUGCUUGUGUUGUCUGUUCUCCUCUGUGUGGUCAGAUAUGCUUUGCUUACAUUUUAUAUGGGCCUAAAUCCAAAAAUGUAUGUAAAAUGACCAUUUACUGUAUAUAUAUAUAUAAUUUAAUGUCUUAUAUAAUGUUUUCUCUGACAUUCUUUUUUAUUUUCUAUAUUUGCAUCCCUUGUUAUGUCCUGCUGUCUGCGUCAUCUCCAAAGCCGCUCUGUGCUUUUGUGACCUUUUCAGAGAUGCCAGUUCUGCUGUCCCAUAAUGAUGCCCCAACUUUGUAUCAAUGUUAUGCUGUAAUGUGUUGCAGCAGUGUAUUUGCAACAUUGAAUGACCACCAUCAGUGACCCAGAAAAUAUUGUAUGAUGGUUUCUGCUAAAAGUGGCUGACAUAUGUGGGGGAAAAUAAAUUGAACACUACCUGUGCAUUGUUUACAGAUUCCCAGUUAGAAUUUGUUCCAAUUAAAUGUUGAACUUCUGCCAAUA